AUGGCGGUGGACUGGGCGUGGUGGGUCGGCCUCCUCCUCGGCGCCGUUCCGCUGCUUGUGCUCGCUGUGUGGCACAGCAACGACGUCUGCCAUUGCGCGUUCUUCGCGCUGAAGCGUUGGCGCCGUCGGGCCAACAAGUUCGUCCUCAAGUCCUCCCAGGACGGCACCUUCGGCAUCCGCUGGCCCGCGCCGAAGCUCGUGGGCCUCUCCUGCGUGGUCAACGUCGAGGGCAGCCAGCACGCCAGGCUCCGCGGGUUCAUCCUCGCCGCCAUCAACCGCCCCGCCUCGCUCCGGGCCAUCGCGGAGGUCAUCCAGCCGCGUCUCGUGGGGGCGCUGCGGUCGUGGGCGGACAAGGGCACCAUCUCCGCCGCCACUGAGAUCAAGAAAGUGACGUUCGAGAACAUAUGCAAGAUGUUCGUGAGCAGGGAUCCGUCACCUCUCACCGACAAGAUGGACGGGUGGUUCGCCGGCCUGGUUGCUGGAUUCAGGGCGUUCCCGUUAGACUUCCCCGGAACGGCCUACCGUCACGCUCGCGCUUGCCGCAAAAAGCUAGACACGAUGUUCAGGGAGGAGGUCCAGAGGAGGAGGAGAGAGGACACUGCCAGCAACGACUUGAUGAGCGGGCUGAUGGAGAUGGAAGACGAGCAAGGGAAGAAGCUCUGCGACGACGAGGUGGUUGACAACAUCGUCUCCCUCGUCGUGGCGGGCUACGAGUCUACUUCCAACGCCAUUAUGUGGGCGGCCUAUCACCUAGCUAAAUCUCCCCAUGCUCUUCGCAAGCUGAGGGAGGAGAACGGCGCUGUAAGUAGAGACAAGAAUGGUGGCUUCAUUUCCCUGGAUGACAUCCCUAGCAUGAAGUAUACUGCCAAGGUGGUAGAAGAAACAAUUCGAGUAGCCAACGUAGCUCCAAUGGUCCAUCGCGUGGCACAUAGAGAUGUCGAGUACAGAGGCAAUUAUAUUAAGCAGGUUGUGGUGUGGCUGCGCUCCUUGCAUACCGACGCCAACUACUAUGAUGAUCCACUCAGCUUCAACCCAGACAGAUGGGACAAACCGCCAAAGCCAGGCACGUACCAGGUGUUCGGUGGAGGGCCCAGGAUCUGCGCUGGGAACAUGUUGGCAAGGCUGCAGCUCACUAUCAUGCUCCAUCAUCUAGCUGUUGGAUACAAAUGGGAGCUGCUUAAUCCUAAUGCUGAGGUCACAUACCUUCCCCACUCGAAACCGGUAGAUGGGGCCGCCAUGUCAUUUAGCAAAUUGAGCUCUGUUUAA